AUGGAUCCACCGGGCCAAGUGACGAAUCCUCUGAAGGAGUACGAGGUGAUUGCGAUUGACGAUGACAGUGACAGUGACAAUGACAAUGAAGUCGAGGUGGUGAAUCCGGCCACAACCCAGAAAAAGACCAACAUCCCAGCCAAGAGCAGUACCAAUACCAGUACAGCGACAUCCCAACAUCGUCCUUCCUCGUCAUCGUCCCCAUCUACUAGUACUCCAAAAUCACCUGGCAACGCGCGUUCAAUCCAGGGAUGGCAGCAGAGGCAGAAUCCUGCUAGUGCAAACCAACAGACGCGAUAUCCAAUGGGUUGGCAACAGCAGCAAGCCAUCAGGCCUCAAUUCGCAGUGAGCAAUCCUCUAAUAGCUGCCAACAGCAAUCCUCAAUCAAGAGCAAACAAUCGUUUUCCCGGAAACAAAAAUCCUCCCUUUCCCGCAAACAACGCACCCUUUCCUGCCAUGGGAUGGAUGGUACCAAACUUGGCUGCGGCGAUGCAACAUCAACAGAAGCAGCAACAGCAACAGAACAAGCCAGAACCUCCAGCGAUGAAUCUGAGUCGCAGUCAAAAAGAAUCACCACCAGGACAGCAAAAACCUAAUCAUCCUCCCAAUCAAAUCCAGCAGAAGCCUCCACCCAGUCAACAAGUCCAACAGAAAUCUUCGAAUCAGAAUCAAAAGAAACCAUCAACUCAACAAAGGCCUCCGAAUCAGUAUCAAAAGAAACCACCACAACAACUCCAGGCGAAACCUUCUAACCAAUCGCAAAAGAAAAAUCCACAACAAAGAAGUUCUAAUCAGUACGGACAAAAUACUCUACCACAAUCACUACCAAAGGUCCCAAAUCCACUUGAAAAGAAUCCUCCUCCUCAACAGAGGCCUCCAAAUCAGUACCAACAAAACCCACAACAACAAUUCCAGCAGAAACCUUCUAACCAAUUACAACAGAAAACUCCACAACAAAGAAGUCCUAGUCAGUACCGACACAAGACUCUGCCACAAUUACUGCCAAUGGUCCCAAAUCCAAUUCCAAAUCAAAAGAAUCCUCCUCCUCCUCAACAAAGGCAUCCAAAUCAGUACCAAAAGAGCCCAACACAACAACCCCAGCAGAAACCUUCUAACCAAUUGCAACAGAAGACUCCACAACAAAGAAAUCCCAAUCAGUACCAACAAAAUACUCUACCGUCACAGCAGCAUCAGCAGAGACCUCCUCAGCACUUCCAACAAAGACCUCCUCCUCAACAAAGACUUCCGAAUCAAUACUCACAAAAUACUCAUCCACAGUAUCCCCAGCAUCCAGCAAACCAAUUUCGACAGAAUACUUCGCAACAAAGAAAUCAUAAUCAGUACCAACAGAAUGCUCUACAUCAUCAUCAGCAGACACAUCCUCAGCAUUUCCCACAGAAUAGACAACAGUGGUAUCCGGAACCACAACAUUUUUAUCCGCAAGCACAACAAGCGCGUUCGAAUCAGGGAUUCCAAACCUCGUCACCGCCAUUGCCUUCCCAAAUACCGCCUGCCGCCACGAGGGCCCCUCAUGGACGUCCACAAGCACAGUCACCGCCACAACAACAGCAACCGCCACCCAAAAAGCAGCCCACAUACACGCAGGAACCAAUCAGCCCUGCCGCCUACAUAAUCGACCAUGAACGAGAACAACAAAAGAGACGGAAGAAAAGACAGUCCUUUGAAAUGACACCCAGCACGUCAAUCAGUGAAAUUCCUACAGUAUUAAUCAAUUGUCCUCUUGCGCAAGGGCCGGCCCGAAGCAACCAAACGAAAAAGAUAGCCGAUAACAAACGACUCUGCGAAGACCAACGGAGAAAGGAAGUGGGCCAUGAAGCUGUUGCACCCAGCAAUACUCCAAAAACAUACGCCAAGAUUGCUAAUGCAGGAGAUAUUGAUGUACCAGCCAACAAGACUCCAACUGCUGCAGCCAGCAAACCUCAAACUGCUGGAGGAGCUGGAGAAACAUGUGUACGACCUAGCUUUUCUCAAAAUGCCAGCCAAACUACUUCAAUGAACAACAAUACUCAAAGUGAUACAGCAGCCAACAAAGCUCAAGCCACAGUAACAAGCAAAAGUUCAACUGCAGCAGUGAAUCACAAUCAAGCCAGUAUAGCAAGAGAGGCUCACGCCGCAGUUACAAGCAAAAGUCAAACUACUAUAAUGAAAGACAAUCCCCAAGCAGCAGUUAAAGAAGCUCAAGCUACAGUUACAAGCAAAAGUCAAACUGAACCAGAAGAAAAUGCUGCACCACCAGCCUGCAAUAUGCACAGCUCAGCAGCGAGCAAAAAUCAAACCGCUACAGUGAACAGUAGUGAAACUACUGCAGAUAGCUCUGUCAUUACGGCAACCCAAAAACUUGUGACAGCAGCAACAGCUAGCGCAACUCCAGCUUCGUCAGCCGACAAUGUUGGAGGAACAGCAAGCAUCAAUCCAACAACAACAGAAUCGGAACGCUUGCAAGGGAUCGUACCAGAGACUGGCGAGGCAUCCCGCCUUUCGAUCAGCAACAUCCCAACUAGGACAGAGGACAAAUCGAAUCCUUCAAACGCGCCGAUUGCAGCGGCGAAACCUACCAUCGCUUCUACUGCGACCAACAACUCGCGGAAUGCAAUCAAUGACAAUGAGGAUCAGGGCAAAGCAUCAAAAGGGGCCGCAGAUGACAUGCCAAGCAGAAAAGAUAACUCCAUGGAAUCGAUGAUGAACGCUAGCUCCGUCGUGGAUGAUUGCAAAGAUAUGCUGACCUCAGGUAAUGUUGUCGGCGGGGGCUCGGUUCAAAAACCUGUAAUGCUUUCGAAUGCUAUUGCCUCAGAUGCAGCCGAUGCGAGCAAAGGCACCGCUACACAGGAGAUUCGUUCUCCUGUUCUGACAUCGGCAGAAGAAAACAACCAGCAACCCUCUUCGGUGACGGACGAUCCAACCAAGUGCAGUGCAUCGUCUGAAAAGGAAAGCAAGCCAGAUGCAUCCAUGGUGCAACUUGAAGACUCCCCAAUUUCGCGAAUGUCGUCUACAGACAAGAAUAAAGCACCUCUGAACGACAAAAGUGCUGGUCGUGCAUUGCCUUCAGUCCAUGUGGCGGCGGAACCAGUGGAAAUCAACACUGUGCCACCGUUGCCAUCGGUAUUGCCUCGCGUGGCAACAAAUUCAAAUUCUACCAAUGCGGUUGAUGCUUUGGGCGAUAACUACAGCAAACUGGUGGAGGCCACCAUAGUAGUGGCAAACCAAGUUGCAGCAUGGAAUGACACUUUCAUUGGUGUCGACGACGCAAACAAGGUGCAUCACAAGGGCUCGAGUGACUCGGGAGACUUUGUCCAGGAGAAAUCGACAAGGAGUAUCUCGCAGUCAUUCAAACCAGAGACUUUGUUGGCGUCGUCGUCAUCAUCGUCGGCGCUGGCAAUGGGGAGAAGUGCACUGGAACCGGGCACGGCAACAGAUGUGGGCAUGGACCCAUCGACCAGAUCGAAAACAGACAACAGCAAACGUGUGGCCGUCGAAGAGGGUCUUACGGAAGCGGCACCCGUUGGCCCGGAGACUAUUUUGAAAACCGACAACAGCAAACGUGUGGCCGUCGAAGAGGGUACUACGGAAGCGGCCCCCGUUGACUUGACAAAUGAUUCAGAUUCAAGCAUAGACGACACUGGCGAAACGCUGAACGCCAAUAUUCCAGUGCACACCACGUUGGGCAAGAUAAGUGGAUACAAAAGAAAGAACCGAUUUCCACAGCAGUCUCUCGAUCUGAAGUUUCCUUGUUUCAGAAUGAUCCACAAAAGGAUCUUGAAUGACAAUGGAGUAAGUUACAAAAUCGAUCGGAGCCUUCCCACGUGCCCAAGAAGGGGUGCGACAAGGAGCUACUUGAUAUCUGUGAAGGCUUAUUAUGAGUUUUCGACGAGGUCGCCUGGGAUGGAAGGAGUCGCAAGCCCGUCAUCCUUGGUUAAAGAUGUGCCUUGCGACGGUGAAGGCAGUUUUGGCACUGAGGACAUGACAGGUAACGGCAUUGUCGAAGUUUUGGACAUCACCGACAAAGGCAGGAACGAGGAAACACCUGGAGUUCGCGACAACUCUGCAAACUACAAGCAACGAGGUGACUUGCUUCCAGGCAAUAACGAACAAAAUAGGCCCGGGUUGGAGGCACCUUGGCUGUACCCUUCCGCGCUGAACACGACAACCAAGAAGAAACGUGCAAGGACAAAGUUGCAUUCAGACCCUAGCGCUUUCGCUACUCGAAAUGAGGACAAUGCUCUUCAUCACAAGAAAUGGAGGAAGAAGAAGAAGACCAAGAAGUUGAAAGACGAGUCAUUCAUUACUCUAGACCAGUUGGAGCAAGAAAUGACUGCAGUUAAUGACGAAGACAUCGCAUUCAGGGACGUCGGGCCAGUUUCCUCGAGACCUUCGCGAAAGAGACCCAAUCACGGUCUCGAGCAGCUAGUGGUGAACGUCGAGGAUAGACAACCUGGAGGGAAGAAAACGAAGCUUCAGGGGUCGUUCCUUCCAACGAAGAGGCUCGACGAACGAAAGGCACCGAUUAAGAUUGCGGUAGAUUGUGACACGAACGUGGAUUCUGGCCAGAUGGCGCCCCAGAAAAACCCACGACGCCAUCCCCCGAUUCUCCGUCAUCCCAUGGGAUGGCUACCUUCGAUAUCAAAUGGGGGUGUUGUUGUUCACAAUCACGCCAUUCCUGCGCAUCAACCAGUCGGUGUGCACGAACAAGACGAAAGGAAUAAUGGUACGCCUGUUCGCAAUCAAAACGUCUCCCAACAGCACGAACACGAAGCUCGGGCUUCUGGCCGAAACGGAUAUCGGGAUGACGGCGAUAGCCCACGGGAUCUGGCAAGUCAAAAUGCAAAACGAGGGCCCAUUCAUCAGAACAAUCUUCAUCCAGAGGCAUCACCUAAGGGCAACAAACUAUUUGGAAACCACCUCGGCAGUGUCGGAGGAGAGGCAUCCGCUGAAAGUGAACAUCAGUACGCUGAGAAUAUUGACCUGCCGUCGCAAGAAUCUGGCGGAGUAGCGGGAGACAAUCACGUUGUGGACAGCAUCAUACCUUUAGAGGAAGAGCCGGAAGAUGUGCGCCGAAUUGGCAAUGUGAAUGAUCCCAUUAUCAACAUGCAGGUUGGCAAAGGUACAAGCACACGCGCGGAAGCCGGUGAUAGCGACGACGAUGAUGUGUCGCCAUUAGAACGGCCAAAGGCAGAAAAUGCAAGCGCCUUGGAAAAAGAACAAAUCCGUGCUCGAAGAAUUAUUCGAAGCCUGUCACAAACCAAUCGAAAGCACAAGGCAGCCAUUUCAGACCUCGAGCACCAGCAAAUGAUGCUUGUCAAUGUCAUCACAGCAUUAUUGGGUGUCAGCGGGUUUUUGUUCGUCGCAUGCACCUUCUUCUUCAUAUCGUCUGUGUUCUCCUGA